AUGUGGGAAAUUGAUGAGAAAAAAGCUGUGGAAGAACGUGGGGAGUAUCUUGACAUCUACCAGUUGCAAAUCAACAAAGCCCCAACUAUGGCAGAGAUUCGGCUCAAAUUAACCGAGUCUGAGAACAAUGACGACAGACUUCCUGGAACAGUAUCUUGGCUCAUCACUGGUAUCAAUCUGGAGGAUUUACAGGAUGCAUUGAGAGCAAAUAUACGACAACUUCCCAACGAUGCAACCUCUGCUCAGAAAGCUUCUAUAGAAGAAAAGCGGCAGAGAUUGGCAGCUAGGAUUGCCAAAUUUCAUGAAACUGCCGAUGCUAUGACUGCUGGCAUGGAUCUUGAUAUUGGAACAGUGCAUUCUGAUGAUCCUAGAUUCUGUCGCACAGAUAACGAUGGUAAUGAGUGGGUGGAGGUUUCAGAUGAAGAGAUCUCAGAGGAUAUAGAUGAAGAAAUCCUCACAGAAGAGAUGGGUAUCUGGAUGCCAUCUUCAGCAUCUCGAACACAACAGAUUGACUCUUGGGCUGGGCCCCCUCCAAGCUGA